AUGUACGCCGCACGACAAAGGGCGUGCCACGCUGCCCGCCAGCUGCCGCGCACGGCACGCACAUAUGCCUCGGAGGCUCACCACACGCCCGCCGCGCCCGCCAACGAGUCCUUUGGGAAAGGAUCCAUUGCUGCCGUCGGCGGCUUCUUCGCCGCCGUCGCCGUAUUCUCGCUCAAGCCCGCCGAGGGCGAGGAGUCGUUCGUCAGCGGCAUCAUCAACAAGUACCGCUCGCGCGCCGAGGACUGGGCCGAAAUCAGCGCGCUCCACACAAAGGCUGCCGAGCAGGCCGGCUACGACCGCAAUUUGUUCGAGAACGCCUCCAACAAGCACAGAUACGUCAACGUUUCGUAUCCCGAAGCCUUCCAAUCACACGCACCCCGAAACAUUCAAGCCGGACAGCUCGUCAACCUGGACCAUGUUGUGGAGCACUACAAGAAGGAGCACCUGAAGGACGAGGAGCGCAAAGCGAAGAACCUGGCCCAGCAAAACUAA